GAUCUUUGCCUUCAUCCUUCCGAAUGACACGAAUACAUCUUUUCUUCGUCGGUUAAAAAAGAAUGAAAACUGAUCUAGGGUUGUUCAGUGGAACUAUUAGAGCAUUUAGGGACAACAAUAAUUCCUCGCUGCCUUUGAUACAGACUAGAGCGGAAGUUUGUUUUCGCUAUUAUUCGCAGCUUCCGCUUUGUGAAUGCGGAAGUGAGAAAGGCCUAUAAUGAGCACUAAAACAAAAACUCUUAUUAUGAAGAGUCGUUGAUGGACACUGUCCAGCAGGCGGCGCUGUUACUGCGGUAAGCUUCACUAGCCCGUUAGAGCCUUUCUCUCUCUCUCUCCAUCCGUGAUGGCGGAGGACAGCGAGUCUGCGGCCAGCCAGCAGAGCCUGGAGCUGGACGACCAGGACACCUGCGGCAUCGACGGAGACAACGAGGAGGAAAAUGAACACACACAAGGGAGUCCUGGUGGAGACCUUGGUGCGAAGAAGAAAAAGAAGAAACAGAAGAGGAAGAAAGAAAAACCUAGCUCAGGAGGAACCAAGUCUGAUUCUGCAUCUGAUUCUCAGGAGAUAAAGAAUCCAGCCAUUCCCAUGCAAAAGUUGCAGGACAUUCAGAGGGCGAUGGAGCUGCUGUCGACAUGUCAAGGACCCGCCAAGAACAUAGACGAGGCCACUAAGCACAAGUACCAAUUCUGGGACACUCAGCCUGUCCCUAAGCUCAACGAGGUGGUGACCACUCACGGGCCGAUUGAGCCGGAUAAGGAAAAUGUCCGACAGGAGCCAUAUUCCCUCCCGCAAGGUUUUAUGUGGGACACACUGGAUCUCAGCAAUGCUGAAGUGCUGAAGGAGCUGUACACGCUGCUGAAUGAGAAUUACGUUGAGGAUGAUGACAACAUGUUCAGAUUUGAUUAUUCUCCUAACUUUCUCAAAUGGGCACUGCGCCCGCCCGGCUGGCUGCCUCAGUGGCACUGUGGUGUGAGAGUCUCGUCCAACAAGAAGCUGGUGGGCUUCAUCAGUGCCAUUCCUGCUGACAUCCACAUCUACGACAUGUUAAAGAAGAUGGUAGAGAUCAACUUCCUGUGUGUGCACAAAAAGCUUCGCUCCAAGCGCGUAGCUCCGGUUCUGAUCCGAGAGAUCACGCGUCGGGUCAACCUAGAGGGCAUUUUCCAGGCGGUCUACACCGCUGGGGUGGUACUGCCCAAACCUGUCUCCACAUGCAGGUACUGGCAUCGUUCUCUAAACCCGAGGAAGCUUGUGGAGGUGAAAUUUUCCCACCUUAGCAGAAACAUGACACUACAAAGAACAAUGAAGCUCUACAGGUUACCCGACAGCACACGCACUCCUGGGUUGAGGCCGAUGGCGGCUAGUGACGUACAGCAGGUGACUGCACUUCUGCAGAAAUACCUGAGCCGGUUCCAUCUGCAGCCCGUCAUGGGGGAGGAGGAGGUGCAGCACUGGUUCCUCCCACAGGAGAACAUCAUCGACACAUACGUGGUGGAGGGUUCCGGUGGCACGUUGACCGACUUCAUCAGUUUCUACACGCUGCCGUCUACAGUGAUGCACCACCCACUGCACAAAAGCCUAAAGGCAGCUUACUCUUUUUACAACGUGCACACGGAGACACCGCUGAUAGAUCUGAUGAACGAUGCACUCAUCCUUGCAAAACUGAAAGGCUUUGAUGUGUUCAAUGCUCUGGAUUUAAUGGAGAAUAAGACUUUCUUGGAAAAGCUCAAGUUCGGAAUUGGAGACGGGAACCUUCAGUAUUACCUUUACAACUGGAAAUGUCCUGGCAUGGAGCCUGAGAAGGUUGGCCUCGUGCUACAGUAACCAGCUGCUACAUUCAGGUCCACGGGACACGGGCGGUAGUUAAAACAAAACAUGAAGAAAAUCCAUUCAGUGAAUGAGUUCCAUCGCGCGGCUCUCUUAGGUCUCAUUUUUGUUAUGAGAGAUUCUCUCGUAAAUUUUUCCUCUCUAAAUAUCGGCAGAAUGUGAAAAGCAUCAGCUUCAGACUGACUUCUUCUUCUUACUGUAAACACGCAAUUCCUUUCUUAAGACAUGUAUCAACUAUUAAUGUCUCUUUCUUGUUGUUUUGUUUUGUUUUUUAAAUGCACAUACAUGAUAGACAAGUGCACGUCUCUCAGAUGAACUCCUUCAAACCCUUUUCCUUUAUUUUGUUCCGAAUCCGUGUGAAAGAACUAGAACCUGUAUAGUUAAUAUGCGAUAUUUAUUACAUGUUGUGGUUUACAAUGGGGUUGAGAAAGGGCAGGGUCUCUGGGCAGGGAACGCUGCUGUGGUUCUGGCUCUCGGUUGGGUUUUGCUGCAUACACGAAGAAUGUAUCACUUUUUUCUUUUUCCUUUUCCGAAGCACAACAUGCUCUUAAUAGAGCUCGAACGAUCUAAUGUGCAUUUUUAAGACGAUUUAUCUUUUGUGUUUAGAUCACGAGGGCGUGCAAACCUAGAAGAAUGUGAAGCCUCGUUUUUUUUUAUUUUGUUCACUCCUCAGUGUUUAGUCUGUUAUUUCAAACAAUUCUGAUAUUUAGAAUUGUAUUUAAGUUAUGUGUGUGUCUCAUUUGUCAGUCAUAAGGGCAAAAGUUCAGUGAUGCAUUUGCUGGCUUGUGCUGGGAAUUUUCACACACAAGCACAAUGAAGCAGACAAGACGAACAAUCACAUGCGCAUCAUCACUUUGAUGAUGGCGCAGUCUUUCUAGCUCGGCUUUCCCUGCACUUCUGGUUAUACGCAGCUGAAAAUUUGCUCAUGACUUGAUUUAAGUGCUGUGACAUGGGACUUUAAAAAAACAUUAAUGAUUUUUUUUAUACAGUAGAAAACGCCUUUGUGUUCCUGCUUCUCUUAUAAAAGACAUAUGUAUCAGUGUCUACAGACCUUCAAAGCACAUCCAAAUUACAAUCUUAAAAAGAAGUAGACAAUAAGCUCACAUUUUAAAUCAGAUGCUUAUUCUCAAAGCCAGGUUGCUUUUUGCGAAUGUGUGUGUGUGUGUGUGUGUGCGCGUGUGUGUAUAUGCAGUCCUGAAGCUUGCUGUAUGAACCGAGCAUGAUCUCCCUCCCCCCCCCCCCCCCUUCAUGAAAGUCACCCAAAGUACUUGCCUUAUUUACGAGGUCUUUUUUUAAAAUUCCUGAUGUAGUUUUGAAAUGACCCUCAGCUUUCUCUGAAGAUUUUUAUUAAACUCCAUUGCAGGUUGUGUGAACUUCA